UGUUAGAGAGAGGUAACAGUAGUAUGAGUAACAUUCUGGUCUAAUGAAGAAUCAUGGAAGCUUUUGCUACAUACUGUUUGUUCGAACUCAGAACUGAAUUUCAGUUCAUAUGAUUUUAAGGCCUCCUAUUGUUUGUUUCUUUUCAUAAGAGAUGGCAAGAUGACGUUUUGACCAAGAAGAAAAAGAUUGAUUUGUCAAUGUCAGUUCCCCAGCAAGAUGAAUAUCGAAGUAAUUGACAUAGAAGGGCAGAAGAGGAAAAAAAGUGGGGAAAGAGCUGUUGAACCAAAUCGGAAUCCCAAACAGGGUUUGCCGGACAAUUUUACUGAAAAAGACUCUAUCAUUGAGGUUGAUGAUGGGGAAGAGAAGCCUUAUGUGGGGAUGGAGUUUCAAACAGAAGAAGCAGCAAAGAAUUUUUUUGACGCAUAUGCUAGGCGUGUGGGCUUUAGCAUACAUGUUGGUCAGUACAGCCGCGCUAAGCCUGAUGGACCUAUCAUUAGUUGGGACUUCUCUUGUUCUAAAGAAGUUUGCAGAAGGAAGAAUACAGAGAGUUGCAAUGCUAUGCUUCGCAUAGAGAGGAAGAGUUCAGAUGGUUGGGUUGUGACUAAAUUCGUUGAGGAUCACAAUCAUUCAAUAGUGAAUCCCAGCAAGGUGCAUUACCUCCGACCUCGUAAACACUUUGCUGGUGCUUCCAAGACUGUUGGAGAGAUACCGGGAGCUCAAACUGAUAUUCUGGUUCCACCGGUUGUGGUUCCGGUGGACGGGAGUCAUGUAUUUGUCAGUUCUAAUGAAGGUGUUAAGGAUGCUUCUCCUGUGGAGUCAAAUUGUGUGACCAAAAACUUUAGCCCUGUCAUACCAAUAAUGUUUAUUCAGCCUUGCAGCCGAAAGAGAACUCUUGGAAGAGAUGCCCAUAAUCUUCUUGACUAUUUCAAAAAAAUGCAAGCGGAAAAUCCUGGUUUCUACUAUGCUAUUCAACUUGAUGAUGAAAACCGCAUGACAAAUGCUUUUUGGGCUGAUGCAAGAUCAAGGAUAGCUUAUAGUCACUUUGGCGAUGCUGUUAUUUUUGAUACAAUGUAUAGACCAAAUCAAUUCCAGGUUCCUUUUGCUCCAUUCACUGGAGUAAAUCAUCAUGGGCAAAUGGUUUUGUUUGGCUGUGGAUUACUCUUAGAUGAGUCUGAGUCUUCCUUUACUUGGCUUUUCCGGACCUGGCUAUCUUCAAUGAAUAACCGCCCGCCAGUUUCUAUUACAACCGACCAGGAUAGAGCUAUUAAGGCAGCAGUCAACCUAGUAUUACCAGGUACUCGUCAUUGCAUCUGUAAGUGGCAUAUCUUACGAGAAGGGCAGGAAAGAUUGGCUCACAUAUAUAUGACUCAUCCUUCCUUUUAUGGGGAGCUAUAUAGCUGCAUCAACUAUUCUGAGACAAUUGAGGAUUUCGAAUCAUCUUGGGCCUCUGUACUUGAUAAAUAUGAUCUGGGGAAAAAUGAGUGGCUUCAAGCUGUAUAUAAUGCUCGCGACCAGUGGGCUCCAGUAUAUUUUCGAGAUACUUUCUUUGCUGCACUUCCCUCAAACCAGGGUGUAACCUCCUUUUUUGAUGGAUAUGUUAAUCAACAGACAACUCUACCAAUGUUCUUUAAGCAGUAUGAAAGAGCUGUAGAAAGUUCACUUGAAAGGGAAAUGGCAUCUGAUUUUGAUACAAAUUGCACCGCACCAAUGCUAAGGACCCCAUCUCCAAUGGAACAGCAAACAGCUAAUCUCUUCACCAAAAAAGUUUUUGCAAAGUUUCAAGAGGAACUAGUUGAAACUUUUGCCCACACUGCCAAUAAGAUAGAUGGUGAUGAGACUCUAAGCAAAUUUAGGGUUGCAAAAUAUGACCAGGAUGACAAGGCUUACAUUGUUAUGUUGAACCUUGCCCAGAUGAAAGCAAGUUGCAGCUGUCAGAUGUUUGAGUAUUCAGGCAUCUUAUGUAGGCACAUUUUAACAGUUUUCACAGUGACUAAUGUUCUCACAGUUCCAUCUCUUUAUAUACUUAAGAGGUGGACAAGGAAUGCAAAACUUGGACAAGGAUCGGAUGAAGAAGACAUUGUUAAACAAGGAAAUAAUUCACUCACUUCACGUUUCAACCACCUAUGUCUGGAAGCUUUAAGAUAUGCAGAAGAAGGGGCAGUUUCUGCAGAGACCUUUGAUGCAGCGGUUAGUGCUCUGAGAGACGGCUUGAGGAAGAUUUCUAUUGUUGCAAAAAAUGUUGGCAAACCUCUUAGCUCACAGGGAAGUGGAAGUACUCAGGAUGGGGGCAUAAAAAAAACUCCAGCUACUUCUGAUACCGUACCAUCUUUAUGGCCUUGGCAAGAUACAAUGCCUCAUCAUUUUAAUCUAAAUGAUGGUGGUUUAGCUGCUGGUGACUUAAAUCAGCCCACUAUGACACCUGUGGCUAUAAAUCAUGAUGGUGGUCUUGCUGAUAAUGUGGUUGUUUAUACUUGUUUUAAGUCUAUGACAUGGGUGAUUGAAAACAAGAGUCCUGCAAGUAAAGUGUCUGUCAUCAAUUUGAAGUUGCAAGAUUAUGGCAAGAACCCAGCUGGGGAAACAGAAGUUCAGUUUAGACUUACAAGAGUCACUCUGGAGCCAAUGCUGAAAUCCAUGGCUUACAUAAGUCAACAGCUUUUCCUGCCGGCAAAUAGAGUAGCUGUUAUUAAUUUAAAGCUUCAAGAUACUAAGACACCUUCUGGAGAGACUGAAGUGAAAUUUCAAGUUUCAAGGGAUACACUAGGAUCAAUGUUGAGAUCGAUGGCUUACAUUCGUGAACAACUUUGAGUAGAAUCCUCUUUGUUCGACAAAGAGAAAGAAAGCGCAAAAGACUGAAGUUUGGCUUCUUGGGGUAAAUAAAUGUUCUUUCUUUAAUCCUUUCCUUUUUCUUGGGCACGCAAAAGGACUUCAGGAACAUCUAUUACAGCAUCAUGAUUUGGCUAUCCUUUGAUUGGAUAAGGUCUACGGUAAGUCAGAGAAGAAAACCAUCCAAAAGACCAAAUUGGAGAUAUUGGAAGAUUGAUAGACUUCUUUUCCCUACAUCUCUUUUGUUAGUUGCUCAUCAUUUUGAUGUAUUUCCUCUCCAGAUUGCUGAAUUGUUGGCUGCGCUGCUCAUCAUCAUAUAAGGUGUUGUCGUUGAUGUAUGACAAUAAUGAGUCUUUUGCCACAUAUUAUGUAGGAACCUUGUAAAUUGCUUCUGGAGUCCGAGAGAAUACAUAUUCACAGCUGUAGUUAUCUCUAGCAGGCAGCCAGCCAGCCACUCAGUUUGUUCUAUUUUCGAUUAGCACUUAUUCUAACUAUUCCAUGUAGUUGACCCAACAUACCAUGUAAUUGUAUGCUGAAAAAUUAGUUGUACAUGUCUGUAAGGAGGACCCAGCAAAGAAUGUUAAUCAUCUUAGGUUAGUAGUAGUUUGCUUCAUUGAUAGGUAACUUAUCAUUUUUUUUCUUAACCAA